AAUUGUUUCAAACAAGGGCUCCCAAUCGGGGCUUUGUAAGGGAGGCAGGCAGAGGGUACGAGCGGAGUGGGCGUAGCUGUGUGUGCUUCUGCAAGAAGGGAAAGUCCCUUCGUGCAAACAGUGGAGCAAAUUCCUGUCGGGGAAAUUAUUCCCACCAUCUGGCUUUUGUGCCCCGCUCCUCUCAGUGUAACCAGACAAAGCCCUUCAGAAGCCGCCCACGGCGGACAGCAGGGCAGGCUCAGUGCCUUUCUGUCGUCCAGUGGAAAGGAUUCCAAAGCAUGGGCACAAACAGCGGUGUGCCCUCGUGCAAAUCGGAAUGAACCUGCCGCAGUGCAGACCGCAGAGACGCAGCCGACCUGACCGCACAGGAGCUGUUGCAAGACACCGGCGGGCCGCUCAACCUUCUGAGAAAAGUCUUCCCGUGAAAUCAGAGGGCUGCACUUAAUAGUCUUCAUUGUCCCAUGUAGCUAGUCUUAAAAUGCAGUAAUUAAGAUAUAGUUUUAAUUACAUUUUGUCUUUACAUACUAUGUUCUUGGGCACUGGGUUUCUAUAUAUAAGUAUUUUUUUUUUAGCAAGCAGAGUAAGCACAGAUAUAUGGAGGGAUUUUUAUUCCUUCAAUUUUAUUUCACUUGUUACCCUCAAUGUUCCUAAAGUUCUCUCAGUUUUCUGUCAUCCGGUGGGUUGUCUUUUCCUCCUGUGUGGUUAUGAGUUUGCUGCGGCUGCUGCAACCAAGGACCACAGUCGGGUGACAAGAGGAAUCUGUUUCUCGCAGUUCUGGAGGAUGGAGAUCAAGGUGCCGGCCUGGGGGCUUUCUCCUGAGGCCUCUCCCCUCAGCUCGCAGACGGCGCCUCGCUGCCUCCUCACGUGGCCACCCCUCUGUGCACAGGCCUGUCCCCAUGUGCUCACAUUUACUCUUUCCAGAAGGACGCCAGUCAGCCUGGACCGGGGCCCACGCCAGCAGCCUCAUUUUGACUUGGUCACCUCUAUCGAGGCUCCGUCUCCAGAUGCAGUCAUGAGUACCACGGUUAGAUCUUCAAUAUGUGAAUCUGGGGGCAAAAUUCAGCCCAAAAGAUACAUAUUCGACACCUUCUUUGUAUUAAUAUCUUGUUUAGUAUUAUGCUGAAAUACUUUCAAUCUAAUAAUCAACAUGCAACCUCCUCUUAGCAGAUUUUAAUAGGCAUCGUAAUUUUAAUUACGUGAAUCAGUACUUAAAGGACUUGAUGAAUCUUUCCAGCAGAUGUAUUCAUUUUUUCCUGAAAUGGUACAGUGUAACAUUUUCAUAGUUUCUUCUCCCUUCAUACUCAUAUCUGCCAAAGAAAUUUAUUAUAGCUGAUCACUCAUAAACCAGCAUCACAGAAAUCCUGGUAUCACCUCUGGUACCACACGAGCGCAUGUUCCCAAAGGUGCCCAAUUAACACUCGUUAGAGUAACUGAUCAGGUUUUUUUGACUUGUAGAAACCUAAAGGCCACCAAGAUCAGAGAUAAGGAUCCAGGAAUCUACUGCUGUUUGCUGCACAGCACACAGCAACAACUGCCCCAAGUGGACGACAUGGAUGACGAGGGGCACACUCUCCAAGUCGUGUUCUUCACGUUGCUCGAUGCACAGGGACCCCCUCACUCCCGGGGCGCAGCCCUGUCUCCCGCACACGUGCACCGUGUUCUCCUCAGGACAAACUGUGCUUGUGAGGAUGGGACCGUGAAGCGGUUUUCAGGAUCUCUGCAGAAUCUGUUAAUCAUUCACAAUCUCUCCCUGGAGUCGUCCUGGCCUUUCAGAGACCUUGGGAUCGUGGACAGAAUAGGUUGGCCAAUCUCUGCAGGGGUCUGUUCAACCUCAUCACCAGCAAGAAGAGAAAACCAAGCAAGGCCACUUGCUGGUGUCACAAUCUAAUUGGGGAGGCCCUCCGGAGUCCCACAGAUAAGAAGCAUUUAAGAAACUUACGCCUGGACACAGAAUCCUAGCGUUGGGAGGUUCCAAAGGUUGCUGCACGCACAGGUUUGGCCGUGUGUGGCUGAGUGACAGCCGUUUCUCACUGAGCAGUUCUGCAGAGCACAGGCUCCCACUGCUUCAUGCCCUCCCUGUUUCCACAGCACGGCCUCAGAGGAACACAGGGCAGAGCUCUUCCCACCUCCGUGUGACAGAGGAUGGAGCUAAGGGUCCAAGAAGCCAAGCAUUGUGCAUGGUAAAUUCGGAGUCAUCAAACGCAUACUUGAUGAAGCCGCAAACUUCAGUCCAACGGUUUCAUAUCCUCCAGCAGCUCCAUGUCACACCUCCGUCCGUGGUGUCAAAGCAGGAACUGGAGCCUGGAAAACACGGGAGGCCAACGGUCUAGGUGAGAGAAACCGAAGAGUCAAGGAUUUUCUGAAGUGACAGCCCCCCAGCUGGCCCGCCUGCCUCCAGCUCUGCCCACCGCAGUCUCCACAUCCAGCACCAAGUGGCCCUCGAAGAGGGUGGACCAGAUGCGGCAUCCUCGGAACUCCCCAGUGAGUCCUCUCUCACUCAGAACAAAAGCCACGGUCCUGCUUCUAGGUGAUGGGCAGAUCAGAAAGUCAGAUGGACAUAACUGACAUUAACACCCCAAAGCCGAAGAAGCAGCAGCGAUGGACCCCGCUGGAGGUCAGCCUCUCCGUCCUCGUGGUGCUCCUCACCGUCAUCGCCGUGACGACCAUCGCGCUCUACGCCACCUAUGACGAUGGCAUCUGCAAAUCAUCAGACUGCAUAAAAUCAGCUGCUCGACUGAUCCAAAACAUGGAUGCCACUGCCGAGCCCUGCGCAAACUUUUUUAAGUACGCCUGCGGAGGCUGGUUGAAACGCAACAUCAUCCCUGAGACAAGCUCGCGCUACGGUAACUUUGACAUUUUACGAGAUGAACUGGAAGUCGUUCUGAAAGAUGUCCUUCAGGAAACUAAAACUGAAGAUAUAGCAGCAGUGCAGAAAGCAAAAACUCUGUACAGAUCGUGUGUGAACGAAUCUGUGAUCGACAGCAGAGGCGGGGAGCCUCUCCUCAGACUGUUGCCGGACAUCUACGACUGGCCGGUGGCGACAGAAAACUGGGAGCAAGUAUACGGUACUUCUUGGACGGCUGAGAAGUCUAUUGCACAACUGAAUUCUAAAUAUGGGAAAAAAGUCAUUAUUAAUUUUUUUGUUGGCACUGAUGAUAAGAAUUCUAUGAACCAUAUAAUUCAUAUCGACCAACCUCGACUUGGCCUCCCCUCCAGAGAUUACUACGAAUGCACUGGAAUAUAUAAAGAGGCUUGUACAGCAUAUGUGGAUUUUAUGAUUUCUGUGGCCAAAUUGAUUCGUCAGGAAAAAGGACUGCCCAUCGAUGAAAACCAGCUUUCUUCAGAAAUGAAUAAAGUCAUGGAAUUGGAAAAAGAAAUUGCCAACGCUACAGCUAAACCUGAAGAUCGAAAUGAUCCAAUACUUCUUUACAACAAAAUGACGUUAGCCCAGAUCCAAAGGAACUUUUCACUAGAGAUCAACGGGAAGCCAUUCAGCUGGGCAAAUUUCACAAAUGAAAUCAUGUCAACUGUGAAUAUUAAUAUUCCAAAUGAGGAAGAUGUGGUUGUUUAUGCUCCAGAAUAUUUAACCAAACUUAAGCUCAUUCUUACCAAAUACUCUGCCAGAGAUCUUCAAAAUUUAAUGUCCUGGCGGUUCAUAAUGGAUCUUGUAAGCAGCCUCAGCCGAACCUACAAGGAGUCCAGAAAUGCUUUCCGCAAGGCCCUUUACGGAACAACGUCAGAAACAGCCACCUGGAGACGCUGCGCAAACUACGUCAACGGGAACAUGGAAAAUGCUGUGGGCAGGCUGUACGUGGAGGCGGCCUUUGCUGGGGAGAGUAAACACGUGGUUGAGAAUUUGAUUGCACAGAUCCGGGAAGUUUUUAUCCAGACUCUAGAUGACCUCACUUGGAUGGAUGCUGAAACGAAGAAGAAAGCAGAAGAAAAGGCCUUAGCAAUUAAAGAAAGGAUUGGCUAUCCUGACGAAAUCAUUUCCAAUGACAGCAAACUGGAUAAUGAGUACCUCGAGUUGAACUACAAGGAAGAUGAGUACUUUGAGAACAUCAUUCAAAACUUGAAGUUCAGUCAAAAUAAACAACUGAAGAAGCUUCGAGAAAAGGUGGACAAGGAUGAGUGGAUAAGCGGUGCAGCUGUGGUCAAUGCAUUUUAUUCUUCAGGCAGAAAUCAGAUAGUCUUCCCAGCUGGCAUUCUGCAGCCCCCUUUCUUCAGCGCCCAGCAGUCCAACUCGCUGAACUACGGGGGCAUCGGCAUGGUCAUAGGACACGAAAUCACCCACGGCUUCGAUGACAAUGGCAGAAACUUUAACAAAGAUGGAGACCUGGUUGACUGGUGGACUCAACAGUCUGCAAAUAAUUUUAAAGAGCAAUCCCAGUGCAUGGUGUACCAGUAUGGAAACUUCUCCUGGGACCUAGCAGGUGGACAGCAUCUCAAUGGAAUUAAUACGCUGGGAGAAAACAUUGCAGAUAAUGGAGGUAUUGGCCAAGCAUACAGAGCCUAUCAAAAUUAUGUUAAAAAGAAUGGUGAAGAAAAAUUACUUCCUGGAAUUGACCUAAAUCACAAACAACUGUUCUUCUUGAACUUCGCACAGGUGUGGUGUGGGACCUACAGGCCAGAGUAUGCGAUCAACUCCAUUAAAACAGACGUCCACAGUCCAGGCAGUUUCAGGAUUAUUGGAACUUUGCAGAACUCCCCUGAGUUUUCAGAAGCCUUCCAUUGCCCCAAGAAUUCAUACAUGAACCCAGAAAAGAAAUGCCGGGUGUGGUGACCUGCAGAAGCCGUGCAGCCUUGGGUGACUUACCGACACACAGGAGUGGGGAACUCGACUCGAGAGAAAUGGGCCUAGAGGUCACUGUGCUUACAGGGGGUGGUCAGCAGAGAGGCGAGCAUCUGUAACCUCGAAGUCGGUUAUUCUGGAAAGAUGUGAGGGAGGAGCGCGUCUAAUGUCCGUCAAAUCAGUCACUUCUCACGUGUAAAUAAGGCUCAAUCUCCAGACACAAUACGACCGUUCAUUUCUGUUUCUCCUAUAAUCUGCCAGUUUGAGGUUGUCUCUUGAAAAUGGUGUUGACCACCUGCUGUAGACCAGAUUUCUGUUCAAAAGGAGAAAGAGGAGGCUGAAGAUUCGGUUGACACCAAAAGCACAGCAGUGACCUGAGAGUUAAAAACACACAGCCUAAGUCCUGAUUUUUACUUUUAUUUGCAACAGUUACACUCCUUCAAAACUCUUCCAAAGAAUUCUUAUAUCUCUUGGGGCCUUGGGACUUAACACGCUUUUAAACUGAUUUGGCCAGGCGUCAGUUAGUCACUCUGCAAUCGUUUUAUCUGAAGCAAUCUUAGGGCUGAAAUGAGUGUCCAGCGCUGUUCCCCGUUGCACCUGGUGUGACUGAGGCUGAGGUUCGGAGGCUGCCUGCAUUUUUCUAAGCAAUUUCUUGUUCUUUCUCAACACUCGGUCUUUUUAAGAGAUUUGUAGUAAUGUAUAAAUAAUAAUUUUUAUAUUUAAUUAUUAACUACAUUUAUGACUAAUUGUUAUUAUAGGUAAUCAUUGAAUAUUGAAGUUUCAGACCAAGAUAAAUAGUUAUGAACCAGGGUCUGUAAAGUGAUGUACAGAUGAAGAUUUAAGACUUUUUAAACUUAUAAAUCAUAUUGAUAAAAAGCUUUAAGCGCGAACUUUGCAUUAAAAAUUGCCAUUGGACAGAUGCUCAAGAUUGUGGUUUAAGCAGGAUUUUCAGCAUUGAUUCUGUGCCCGAGGAGCUGUGACAAAAGGGAAGUCUGCGUCUCCUUAUCUCUCCAGAUGUGUCAUCUGAUGGAAAUAUUUUGAUAAUAAAUUGAAAUUGUGAGCCCAUUA